CUGCUGCUUCCCCUGCGCGGGGCCGGGCCGGGCCCGCCCGGGACUGCGGGCAGCGCCAUGGGCAGGAAGCGCAAAGCAUCGCCCCGGCCCGCGGCUGCCAGAAAGAGACGCUCCGGGGGGCUGCGGGAGGAGGAGGAGCAGGAGGAUGAUUUUGAAGAGGAAAAGCCCAGUAUAAAAAAGAACUCCAAAGCUCCAGCUAGGAAAAAGGAAGAAGUUUGUGAUAAUGGAGCCUCCAACUCAGCAAAAACUUCCAGAUCUUCAAAACAAACAGGGGCAAAAUCACAAAUAAAAGAAAAUAAAAAGAAUGGUAGAAAUAAAGAGAAUCGUAACAAAGAGGAAAUGUGCAGGAGUGACUCACUGAAGCCCCCUCAGAAGGAGAUGAAGUUGAAGAAAGAAUCUCCUGUUAAAAAAGAGAUGGGUGAAGACAAUACUGACAAUGAUAAUGAUGAUGAUGAUGAUGAAAGUGAAGAUGAAUGGGAGGACGUGGAAGAACUCCAGGAACCUGCCACAGAUAAGUUUGAAGAAGCUGCUGUUCUUCCAGCAGUAGGGCUGCCAAGCAAACCUGUGGAGAUAGAGAUUGAAACCCCAGAGCAGAUGAAGAAAAGAGAGAGGAGAGAAAAAAGGAAAGCCGAGUUUGAGACGUAUCUUCGGAGGAUGAUGAAACGUUUCAGCAAGGAGGUUCGUGAGGACACACAUAAGGUUCACCUCCUGUGUUUGUUAGCGAAUGGUUUCUAUCGGAACAGGAUCUGCAGUCAGCCAGAUCUCCUUGCCAUCGGUCUGUCCGUCAUCCCCAUCCGCUUCACCAAAGUGCCAGCAGACAAAGUGGACCUAAUUUACCUUUCCAACUUGGUGAAAUGGUUUAUUGGAACCUUCACUGUAAAUGAUGAGCUUUCCACUGAAAAAGGAGAGCCCCUUCAGUCGACCUUGGAGAGGCGCUUUGCUGUGUAUGCUGCACAGGAUGAUGAGGAGUUGGUUCAUAUAUUUUUAAUUAUUCUGCGAGCAUUACAGCUGCUGUGUCGCCUCGUGCUGUCUUUUCAGCCUAUUCCUCUCAAGGAGACAAGACCAAAGGGAAAGAGCUCAUCCAAGAGGCCGUCUCUCAGCAACACCUCUGAGAGACAGGAGAGUUCUGCCACAACACCCAAAGCUGUGGCAAAAAAAUGCCCCUGCAAAAAAGCCAAGCAGGAUGAGAAAUCCUCAGAGAGCGAAGAAGACAUCAAGGAACCAAAGAAAGCCAGAACUGCUCAGACCAAAGGGACACACAAGUCAAAGCUGGCUAAAGGCAGCCAGGAACAGAAGGAAUCAAGUAAUGAGAGCAGUUUAGCAGAAAAAGAUGUGUCAGUCAGGCCCAAGAACGAUCGGCGGAGACGAGUGGCCUCCAAAGUCUGUUACAAGGAAGAGAGUGAAAGUGAUGAGGGCAGUGUUUCGGACUUUGAGGUUUCAGAGGAGGAGAGUGAUCUCUCUGAUGAGGAUUUUGAAACUGUCUCUAAAAGGCGGAGGAGCUCACUGGCCUCUCAGAAGUCAAAGAUGACAACUAUAAAAAGCCCUAAAACUGAGACUUCAGAAUCAAGGCUGUCAAAAAAUUCGUGUGGAUCUGAGCCUAAGCCAGCAAAAAAUACAGCUCCAGCCUUGCCUCCAGGUCAGAAAAAGAGAAACAAAAUCAUUUCUAGUGAUGAGGAUGAUGGACAGCAGGAGGUGAGGAAAGCAACGGGCACAGACCAGUGGCUGGAGGUUUUCCUUGAAAGUGAGGACAAAUGGGUUUCUGUAGACUGUGUUCAUGGCAACGUUGGCCAGCCCCAGCUGUGCUUCACACAUGCCACAAAGCCGCUUUUUUACGUGGUGGGGUUCGACAACGACGGGAGCGUCAGGGACGUGACACAGAGGUACGAUCCAGUGUGGAUGACUGCAACGAGGAAGAGCCGUGUGGACCCUGAGUGGUGGGAAGAGACGCUGCAGCCCUAUGAAAGUCCCUAUGUGGAAAGAGACAGGAAGGAAGAAGCUGAGUUUCAAGUUAAGCUUCAAGAUCAGCCUCUACCAACAGCAAUUGGAGAGUACAAAAACCACCCUCUCUAUGCACUGAAGAGGCACCUCUUGAAAUUCCAGGCGAUCUAUCCUGAGUCAGCUGCUAUCCUGGGGUACUGCAGGGGAGAGGCUGUCUAUGCCAGAGACUGUGUACACACACUGCACUCCAGGGACACUUGGCUGAAGCAAGCUCGGGUGGUGAGGAUUGGAGAAGUGCCUUAUAAGAUGGUGAAAGGAUUUUCCAACCAGGCGAGGAAGGCACGCCUCGCGGAGCCGGCAAACCGGGACCGAGAGGACCUGGCGCUGUUCGGCCGCUGGCAGACAGAGGAGUAUCAGCCUCCUAUAGCAGUGGAUGGAAAGGUUCCUCGGAACGAGUAUGGAAAUGUCUAUCUCUUCCUGCCAUCCAUGUUACCUGUUGGCUGUGUGCAGCUGAAGCUUCCAAACCUGAACAGAGUGGCACGGAAGUUGAACAUUGACUGUGCUCAAGCCGUCACUGGAUUUGAUUUUCAUGGUGGCUACUCACACCCAGUUACCGAUGGCUACGUGGUGUGUGAGGAGUACAAAGAGGUUCUCAUUGCUGCCUGGGAGAACGAACAAGCAGAAAUAGAAAAGAAGGAUAAGGAGAAGCGUGAGAAGAGAGCUCUGGGAAACUGGAAGCUGCUGACAAAAGGACUUCUCAUCAGAGAGAAACUGAAGAAACGCUACUCCAUCAAGACUGAGCCAUCAGCAGCUGAGACAGAGAAAGGGGCGGGAUUCUCUUCUGAUGAAGAAGGAGCUCCAAGCUCAGAGAGCGCAGUGGGGAAUGUGGCCAUUUCUUGGCCCCAAAAUCGCCAGUUAGAGAAAAAAGAAGGAGAGAAGACAACCAGAAAGAGCAAGCGAGAAAGGAAAGGUGAAGAAGCACAGUUGUUCCCUUUUGAGAAAUUGUGAUUAGAGCAAGCUUUUUCCUUGACAUUUCCAUAUGCAAGAACAUUAGUCAUAAUAAAAAUAUCCUUUGCCAGUUAGGGACUUAGUCUUCCUGGGCACUUGUGUUUCUGAGCUGUCAGGGACCACCCUAAUUCAGUAUCCAGUUUCCUUUGAUAAUACAGGUAAUUAGAUUCUUCCUUUUAUCCUUAGACUUUGGAGCAGCAGAUUUGCAGUUGUACCUUUUGAGGAGAUCACUUUGUGGGUUUGGGGGUUUUCUUCUCUUUUGAAUCUCUCAGCUCUAAUAAUUCAGUUUCCAGAGGUACUUCUUUCAUUAGCUCCCUCUUUUCCCAUUUUUACUGCUUUUCAUUUUUUCCUGCCUGCUCAGAACUAAAGCAUCCAGCUGCUCUUUAAGUGUCUGUGGGAGAGCUGCCCAAAAGACUGCUGAUGCCUGCUUUGAUCCAUAGCUUAUCCAAAUCCAUGGUGAGAGUUCUGGCCUUUCUGUCUCAUAAUCAGAGAAGGGGAUAUACUUCCUCUAAGAUCUAAAGAAAUAGCGAAUCAGGAAUUGGAGGAAUCAAAAUUUACUUUGUAAAGAAUACUUGAAAUUUGGGAACUUGGAUUUGGCUUUUCAGCCUACUGUCUUCCUUUAUGUUCAGAAAUAUUGUGCUUUGGAAGGUAGAAGUUCUGUUAUCAUUUCAAAAUUAAGAUUCAGUAUGCCUUUUUAUGUAAUUUGAAUAUAUACAUAUUUGCUUCUGUUUCUUACCAAGAUCCUGUUCUGAAGCAAAAGAUGUAAAACUGGCUGAAUGUCACUGUCAGAAACAAAAUUCACUGAAACCAUAGAGUUCUUGUUAUUCAGUACCAUAGCAUUAAAAAACUGUUGAGAGAGGAAUGUAAAAUCUACACAAGCUUUUCCUGCACUUUGUAGUAGAAAUACUGAUCUGUCUUUUGCAGUAUUAUAUAUCUAAAUUUCACUGACACUGUCUCUUCAAAAGUAGAGAGGAAAACAGUUUAGUCAUUGCUGGACUUUGUCACAGAGGAAAGAUUAAAAUGCAAGAAAAUGGCUUACAUGUAAUUAUGUUCAGAAAAGAAAUCUAUUUUUGUACUGUAUUUGUAGAUCAAAAUAAAGUUUGAAAAAAAGA